AUAUCCAGGGAGUCGUGUGGGACACGCCAAGCCAAGGCGGGGCAAAAACAUAAGACGGAAGAAGAUAUUCUCUGCAAUAUGCACCACAACUUUUGUGUGAGCUGAAAACGGUCUGACUGUGAGUGGGGAGACAGGACGGAAUAUGUCUUAAAUUAGAACAGCAGAAGCAGCAGUUAGUGAUACACGCACACAAACACCCACAGUGUCUCCUGGAAAAGUCAUUGUGCAGCCUAUUUGUCCACACACGGGUGCGAAGCGAUACAUUUGCAUGUGGCACACGUGGAGAUGAAUCCUGGAAGCAUCGCAUGGAAAAGGACCCGGCUUUGUAAGAGCUGACUGCAGGACGACGGGAGAGGUGGCGGAUGAAUUAGGCCACCCGAGAAAGUGGCAUUGGCCCCCGAAGGUAAACGUUUGCUUAUUUGGAUCCGAUACAGUGGUGCCUCGAGGUACCGGUGCCCAGACUUAGGAUGUUUUCAAGUUCUUUAAUACCACCCCAACUUGAAGUUUACUGUCAAACUAAACAUUAAAAAAAAAGAGAAAUACAUGUGGUGUAUUUAAAACAAGCAAACAACCCUGCCUUUCAGCCUAAUGAUAACAUAUAAUGGAAAAUACCGUUGAAAUGCUAAUGCUAAUAGUUAGCGCAGAAAAUCGUGGUUUUAGAAGCAAUGGAUAUUUGAACACAAACAGUGGGGCAACACAGGUAGACAGAUAAUAUUAAAGCAUCUUGCUGAGUUACUCACAAUGGAAGUAGAACAAGAAGUAGCACACCUAACAUUUGCCUUUGUUGAUUUAAACGGCAAAGAAGAACGACUUUUAAGUUUUCCCCAUUCACGACGAGUAUGACAGAGCGAGUAAGUGACUUCCGAGGUCAGAGCUUCCACAAGCUCCGGCGGGCGUGCCUCCGACGCGGCGCCCUCUUCAAGGAUCCCGAGUUCCCCACCACCGCCCAAGCGCUCUUCUACAAGAGGGCGCCGCCGCCAGGGGUGACCUGGAAGAGGCCGCGGGAGAUCUGCAAGGACCCGCGUCUGUUUGUUGAUGGCAUCAGCACACGUGAUCUACACCAAGGCAGUCUGGGAAACUGCUGGAUGGUGGCUGCCAUUUCCUGUCUGGCGUCCGAGCCUACGUUGUGGAAAAAGGUCAUCCCCGACCAUGCGGACCAGGAAUGGAACCCCAAGCGUCCAGAUUUGUACACGGGGAUCUUCCAUUUUCGCUUCUGGCGCUUUGGCCGCUGGAUGGAUGUGGUUGUGGACGACCGGCUGCCCGUGAGCAGCGGCAGCGUUCUGCUUUUCUGCCGCUCGGCCACGCCCAGAGAAUUUUGGAGUGCCCUGCUGGAGAAGGCCUACGCCAAGCUAAACGGCUGCUACGAGGCCCUGGAGGGGGGCAACACCGCCGAGGCUCUGAUCGACUUUACCGGGGGUGUUUCGGAGCCUCUCAGCUUGAACCGUGAGACCCUCAGCCUGCACGGCGACCAGCGGAAGGCUCUCUUCCAGACGCUGGCCAAGGCCAACGAACACAAAGCCCUCAUCACAUGUUCUAUUCGGCCAUCCGAAGGCGAGACGGCGGAGUCGGUGCUGGACUGCGGACUGGUGCGCGGACAUGCCUACGGAGUGACUGCCGUGAGGAAGGUGUGGCAGGGAAGCGGAAUGUCUCGACUGUUCUUGGUGCGCAUGCGGAACCCGUGGGGCACCACUGACUGGACGGGUGCUUGGAGUCAGCGAUCACAGCAGUGGCAACAGAUGAGCCGUACAGAGAGGGAGAAGAUGGGACUUGUAGUUCGGGACGUUGGAGAGUUCUGGAUGGACUUUGAGGACUUUUGUCGCUACUUCACGGAUGUGGUGGUGUGCCGUCUGGUGGAGAGGGCUCUCCUGUGGCCCAGCUCCCACUGGAGAGAGGUGUGCUGCUACGGGGAGUGGGCUCCGGCACCAGCCCGCCUCAGCGCACCUCCGCCGGCCGUCUGCGUGCUGAGCCGCAGGAAGGAAGAUCCGGUCGAGGGAGGAAGGUGUGGGGUAAACGGAGACCAUGAGGACGACGUGAACGGAGGCUUGGAGGUCCAGAUGGACAAGAGGAGCCGAUGCGGAGGAUGUAUCAAUCACAAGGACACGUUCUUGCACAAUCCACAAUUCAUGUUUGAGGUCCGAGGCCAGGAGGAGGAGGUGCUCAUGUGUCUGCAGCAGGAGGACCAGAGGAUACGGAGGAAGGAUGGCGGCGGGGACAACCUGCCCAUCGGUUUCGAGGUACUUAAGGUGGAGGAGAACCGCUGCAGCCGGGUGCAGCGUGUGGCGGAGCAAGCGGCCAGCUCCAUCUACAUGGAUUCUCGCAGCAUCACGCUGAAGGUCACUCUGGGGCCGGGCUGCUACGUGGUGCUGCCCACCACCUACUUGCCGGGAGCCUGCGGCCGCUUCCUCGUGCGCCUCUUCUCGCAUUCGCAUGUCCAACUCAGGGAACUGAAGGACGACUUGCCGUCUCCCUCCUUAUUCCAGUGCUUUUUACCUCAGCCCACCGUGGUGACCACAGUCCAUCUACGGAAUGCGACAGGACUCUGCCGUCCUGAACAGACGGCUCCAGAUGUUUAUGCCAUCAUCCGUUGCGAGGGCGCCGCCGUUAGGUCUCAGCUGUUUAAAGCUGAAGGAAAUCCACAAUUCCAGCUGAGAGCCAUCUUUUACAGGAGAUACCCCGAUGCACACAUCUCAGUCGAGCUAUGGAGCAGCGGCCUGCUGUGGGACUCCAUUUUGGGCCACGCCCGACUCCACACGAUGCCCACCGACCAGAGUCGAGACCAUUCGUUGGCGCUACGGGGCGACCGCCUGGGUUCGGCAGGCCACGUCUGUGUUGAGACAUCUUCGAGUGUCCACCUGACAGACCUGUAGCGGCCACGCAGCUUCGUCCGGUUGCCAUGGUAACAAAAACUGCGCCCGUCACCUGGAGCAUUAUUCCAAAAUGGGAACCGCCAAAUGCCAAAUGCAUGAUAUUGCUGUACUUUGUUUGUAAUGCAAAGAAGUUUUGUUUUCUUUCCAUGUGUCAUUUCUCAAUAUAAAAAGAUCUCCAAAUAAAUAAAUAAA